AUGUGUAUUUUCCAUAUAACUGCCGGAACAGCUGCUCUGCCCAAACUGUUUGAAAGAUCAAAAGAAAUGGUCUCUGAGCGAAAUGCAGACAUACCCAGAGCAUGUGAGGCCGACAGUUCGACCCACUUCCACUUCGAAACCCACGACUAUUACUACGAUCCUCACACCGUGAAAUUUGAUUACCUGAAACCAUUAUGUGACUACCAUGUGUCCUACUAUGCCAAAUGUGGCAACUAUUACGAAAGCUAUAGAGAAAACUCAACCAGAAGCGUGGAAACUGUUUUCAAAACUGCUGCUGAAGUUGCAGAAACAGAUUAUCUGACACAUGCUGAGGAAAAUUCGGGCGAUUAUAUUGGAGACUACGAAACUGGGAGUGGAAGCAGUUCAUAUGCGCCGUCAAACAACGAAGAAGAAAACGAAAGCAAAAUCAACCAGUGGCUUUUGGUUGCUUGCUGCAUUGGAGUCACUCUCAGUGUAGUAGUCAUCCUUAUUCUCGUCGAGAGAAAAAUCAAAGCGUCUAGGUUCUAUGCAAGAGUGAAAUACACAUUUUCAACUGGCUUUUGUGGAUCUACUAUUAUUGACGAGAGAUAUGUCUUAACUGCUGCACAUUGUGUAGCAUUUCAAAAACCUGAAAAUAUUCGGAUAGAAGUUGGCGAUUUCUCAGUUCCUCAGGCGCUCAAAAAGUUUUUUUCAGUCAAGCAAAUAUUCGUCGCACCAGGUUUUAAUCGUAGCAACACUCUUGCUAACGACAUUGCCCUACUAAAAACGAAUGCACCUAUCAGACGCGCCAGCCAAAUCGGCCUCAAACUAUGUCCACAUCUCAUCCCAGAAGACGAACUGACCAACAGACUUCUAGGGUCGUGUGGGAUGGGUGUGACUGAAAAUAGGAAGGACACUAGUGAUCACGAAGCAGUUCCAUCUACACUCAAAGAGAUGUUCUUCGUACAGUCCAAGUUUGACAUUGGAAAUCCUUUUCACUUAGUUCCCUGUCGCGAUGACAUUAUAUGCACCACACCUGUUUUCAACUCUGGCAACAUCUGCAAAUGGGAUGAUGGAAACCCCCUCUUCAUGAUGAAAUGCGGAACAUUCGAGCCAGAGUGUCUCUACGGAGUUGCCAGUUUCAGUAAAGUGGAUGUGAAUAAGGCAAACGGAGACAAGAUUUGUAACGGGGGAAGUUAUUUUGCAAAGAUUCACUCUUGGAGAGACUGGAUAGUGCUUACCAUGUUGUUUAACUGAUAACAAGAUUGUCGUGGAUAAUUAUGUUGCGUAAUAUUAUCUGUUUGUCGAAGAAAUUGUUACAAGUAUUUUGCAAUAUUGAUUAAUUUAGUUUUAUACCGAUGAGUU